AUGGCCCGGAAACAGGUGGAGCGGAAAAGAUCCGACCCGGGAAUGUUCAUCGUCACCUACACGGCGGAGCACAGCCACCCGGCUCCCUCCCACCGCAACUCCCUCGCCGGAACCACCCGCCACAAGACUUCUCCGACCGACGAAUCGGAGAAGCCCUGUUCCGACGUCAAGCCGACCAGUUCGUCUCCGACGACCCCCGCAGAGGACGACGAUCAGCAGCAGCUCCUCCUCCAAGGCACGGCGGCGGCGGAGAGCAAGGAAGUGGAUUUGGAGAUGAUCGAGGACGAGGAGGACAACGAUGAGUCGGGGAACUGCGGCGGGUUCUCGCCGGAUGCUCCGGACGACGAUUUCUUCAUGGGUUUUGAGGAGCUCACGAGUUUGGCUACGGGGGAUUGCUUUUCCGUGCCUUUCCCGACGGGGUUUGGGUUCCCUAGGCUCGCCACCGCCGGGAGUUUCUGA